CGCCGAGAGUCCCGUCGAGCGCCGCUGCCGACAUCGCCCUCCGAUUACGGGCCUGGCAACGACUCCGGAUCUGAAUUGUUUACUCUGCGCUGCUUUAGGAAUACAUACGAGCUCUUUGUUUUGUUUGGCGCGUGGUAAUUGCUGAGGACUCAGGCUCGCGUGCAAGAGAAGGAGGGGAUACUACUCCCGGUUGGGCUUAUCUGUUUUCUCUUCUUCUGUCUUAUCGGUGUACGCUUCGAUAGCUUCACCACACACGCUUCAGCGACGCGACGGUGUUUGUCGACGUCUAGUCUAGAGCUCCUGCUAGAACCCGGACACUCGACUGCUCAUCCCCCCCGGCGCAUGAACUCCCUGAUCACCACGUCCACCAAUGUCUGAAAACAGACAAUACCCCCCACCACCAACCUCCUCCUCUCCCCACCACCAAUCCCGCUCUCUCCCUCCCCCUCCUCCUCCUCCGCCGCCCUCCGCCGGCGCCUCAACCCCCGGCUCCAAACGCGGCUUCAGCAGCGACGAAGGCGACAUGGCGUCCGCGUCGCCCGAGGACUCUGCCGCUGCUGCCGCGCGGUUACGAAAGAUUGCCUGUGUCGAGUGUCGUCAGCAAAAGGUUAAAUGCGACGCAUAUGAACGGUCGCCUGAUAUCUGCACGCGGUGCCAAAAACGCGGGCUACAAUGCUCGAUCCAGACAAGUUUCAAACGAACCUACAAAAGAGCACGUCUGGCGGCGGUGGAGAAAGAAGUCGAAGAACUUCGACGGUCGCUUGAGGCGCAGAAUUCAGAUAAAGAUAUGGUUUCGCGCACGUUGCUUGACCUCGCGCGGGGGAAGUCUGAGGCGGCUGCUGCUGCGGCGGCGGCGGCGGCGGCAGAGGCUGCUACUGCCGAAGGAACAGCAUCGUCGUCAACAGCGACAGCAGCUGUAGCGGCGGCGGCGUCUGCUGCGCCGGUGACAAUGGCAGGUGCACCGGACAGCACUGUGAAUGGGAUUAUCAUGCCUAAUCUACAAUCAGAACCCCUGAACCCCAACGGCUCGUCAUCAAGUAUCAGACGCCCGCCGUCACCGCCUGCUGCUGACCAGAUCUCAUCAAAUCAGCAACUUCACCAGCGACAAAUAAUCACCUCGCGCACACUCAACGGCUUCACAGUCACGCGCGAGCAAAUCCAAGGCCUCUUUCUCGAAUACGAAACCCAUUACCAUCCCUACCUCCCCGUCCUCGACCUCUCGCGCGGGCCGGACCACGUCUACCAAAAAUCCGAUCUGCUGUUCUGGGUCGUUCUCGAGACCGCCUCGCGGAUCUACUCCGACGUCGCGCUCUUCCCGAUCCUCUCUGCAAAAGUCAAAGAGCUCGUGUCCCGCCAGCUUAAUCUGCCCAUGCGCUCGGCCUACGACGUGCAGGCGAUCCUCAUCUUCACGCUCUGGCCUCCGCCCGCGGGCUCGCUCAACUCGGACCCGUGCUGGCACUCGUGCGGACUCGCGAUGUUCAACGCCGUCAAACUAGGCCUGCACAUCCCCGGCAAGACGCAGGACUUUGGCCGCGUGAAAGUCAGUCCGCAGUACUCGGAGACGCAGGCACAAGCAAAGACCUGGGUCGCCUGCAACAUUGUCUCGCAGCUGCUGUCGAUGGCGCUCGGGUACCCCACGUUCUCAAUGUACAACUGGUCGACCAACAGCGCGCUCCAGCCAGACUCGUUCAUGGUGCUCCCGCCCGAGCUGCGGACGCAGUUACGGCUCGCGAUGUUCAACGACCGCGCGGUGAAGUUACUUAGCCAGGACGUGCGGGAUCCGUGCGGGAACGUGGACUCGUUCACGCGAAGGACGGUGAUUCGCGUGCUGGCACAGGAAUUAGAUCAGAUGGAGGCCACGCUCGAUCUCGCGUCGAAUAUCAGUAAGCUACUCCUUCACGUCGCGCGCACUCAGCUGUACGCCUACGCGUUUCUAAACUACGAAGACGGUCCGGAGGACAACAACAACAACAACGUCAGCAGCGACGACGCAAACGCCGACGCGCGCGCAGAAAACGUCAAAGACCUGAUGAAAGCCUACGAGACCUCGAUCCGCACGAUCGCAUUCGUCGAAAAGACAAUGGACGAAAGCAUAACCGCCGACGGCAGUUUCUCAAAACUGCUCUACCUGCCGCUCUACCUCCAGCUCGACAUUGUGCUCGCCGCGUUUGUCAUUCUCAAGCUGCAGUUUUCGAAACUGGCCGAGUUGCUCGACACGAACUCGGGGAAACGGCAUUUCGCGAGCGCGAUUGCGAUUAUGCGCAAAUCGUCAGUCAAGGAGAAUGACUUUCCGAUCCGCGUGUCGACAAUCAUGUUCCAGCUCUGGAAACUGCAUUCCAAAGACCGCGCCGACGCGAUCCGCGACGGCGGGCGCCCGAAAUACGUGUCCCCCAAACUCAAGCUCGUCUCGCGAAUGGCGCCCUCCGUGCUCUUCGACUCCAUCUGGGUCUGGCGCGAGCGCUACGGCACGUUCCAAGUGCUCCCCGCGGGCCCGGGACAAGCGCCCCAGCACCCGUUCUCGACGCAUCUGCAGUACCAGCACCAGCGGCAGCAGCAGACUUCGCAGGCGUCGGUCGGGAGCGCGAAUAGCGGGGGGCAGUCGAAGAUCACGUCGCCGCGGUUGCGGGAGAAGUUGACGAGCGAUGGGCCGCAGUUGAAGAAUACGAGGGGGGUUAUUGCGUUGUUGGAUAAUACUAAUUUGACUCACGGGCCGACGUUUGAGCAGCAGAAUUCGCCGCUGCCGCCGCCUAUGUUGGCGACUGACUCGUCAGAGACCGUCACCUCUAGCGGAAUCUAUGCCGCUGCAACUCAGCAGCAGCAACAACAACAACAACAACAACAAAUCACAGGCUACCCACCCCCCUCCUCCACAGCAGGAACAAUCCUCCCACUCCCAUCAAUGGGCACAGACGAGCUCGUAAACUACCUCGACAACGAAGCCGUCGCGUUCGACCACCUCUACCUCGAUUGGCAGGAGAUGGGCGUGCUCUGGGACGACAUGUCCUCUAUCUUUAUCGAGUCCGGGAUCGGUGUCGGAGAGGCGGAGGCGAGGGCGCCGGAUGAGAUGCCGGCGGGGGAGCAUGUUAGUGUGGGGUGAUUCAUGUUGUUUUUGUGGUGGUUGUAGCAUUUGGUUAUGAUUUCUUACGUUCUUUGAAGUCUCACAGCUCGCGAGACCGUCAGAAUUGUUCUACAUUGGCAAGAGGUGCAUAAGUGAGAAGCUAUAGAUA